UUUUUGGAGGGGAGAAGUCUGAACUCAUCAUACUUGUUUUGAAAGUAUUUUGCAGGGGCAAAAAUUAUUUUAUUCAUGUAAAUGUUGAAUCUUGGAGCAGCAGUGAGAUAAUGUAAACUUCUGUUUGCAGUUAAGUCAACCUGUUAUUUCACAUCUCUUGGCUUCUUGUCAUAAUAGGGGUAUCCAGAAACGAGAAAAGACUGAGCUUACAUGAUCUGACUUCCUGAAGGAGACACAAUGUCAGGCAGAGCCAGGAUUUGAACUCAGCGAAGUCAAAAUGGAAGGACCAUUCUUUCAAAAAUGAGCAUCACACAUGUGAAAGGACUUUUUUCUAAUAGUUAACUCUAAGGUCUGGGGUUGACAAGAUGGGCUAUGAGAACCUCCUGCCUCCUCAACAGCUCUGGCUCAUUUUAAUUGGGAUUUCUCUGCUGUCUUUGGCAGAGCCAUAUGGGUUCAGUAAAUGCACACAGUAUGAACUGGACAGUCAUCACGUGUUCUGCAUUCGGAAGAAGAUCACCAACUUGACAGAUGCCAUCAGUGAUAUCCCUGGAUACAUUACUCACCUCAACCUGACACAGAACCAAAUUCAGAUCCUUCCUCCCUAUUGCUUUACUAAUUUGUCUGCUUUGGUGGACUUAAGGCUGGAGUGGAAUUCCAUUUGGAAGAUUGAUGAGAGGGCCUUUUGGGGACUUGAAAACCUGACCCUUUUGAAUUUAGUGGAAAAUAAGAUUCAAAGUGUGAACAACUCCUUUGAGGGCCUGUCUAACUUGGUGACUUUGCUCCUGAGCCAUAAUCAAAUUACCCAUAUUCAUAAAAAUGCCUUUGUCCCGCUUGUCAAAUUGAAACAUUUAAGCUUAUCUCGAAACCAUCUUACUGAUUUUUCAAAUAUUCUUGAAGCAGUCCAGCAUCUUCCGCACCUGGAAUACCUUGAUCUUACUAAUAACAGCAUCAUCUCUUUGGACCAUAGCCCCAGAUCAUUGGGCUCCCUGAUCCAGCUGAGCCUGCAGGGGAACAAGCUAAUGGGAUUAAAUUUCUCUGCUUUGUCACUGCCUAAUCUGACCACUCUGGAUGUCUCUCAGAAUAAUCAUCAAAUAAUCCAGAAUGUGCAUCUGGAAACUCUGCCCCAACUGAGGAGCCUGAAUCUAAGUGGAACAUUGGUGACACCUGAGAUGCUUCAAGCCAAACACCUACAGAAUUUAAGGGAAAUGGAUCUUAGUAACUGGGAGUUUGGAGGUAGUCACUUCAACUUGAACAUUGUGUGUUACCUCCUCAGAAACUUACCCAUAUUAGAAGCUUUGGUUUUUCGGAAUAAUGCUACUGAUGCAGGGGGCAUUAAGCACCUUGCCAACUGUACCAGACUAUUGUCCCUUGACUUGAGCCAAAACAAUGAUCUAGUUCACCUCAAUGACAGUGAAUUUGAUGCCAUGCCCAGCCUCCAAAGGCUGAACCUAAACAAAUGCCAACUCUCCUUUGUUAACAACAGGACCUGGGGUACCCUCCUGAACUUGAUAGCCCUAGACCUGAGCCACAACAGGUUUAAAAGCUUUCCAGAUUUUGCAUUUUCACCCUUAAGGAACCUACAGUCUCUCUCUCUCUCUCGAAAUCCCAUCACAGAACUCAAUAAUAUGGCCUUCUAUGGGCUGUAUUCAUUGAAGGAUCUCAACCUGGCUUGGUGCUGGAUAGUGAAAAUGGACAGAUACUCCUUUGCUCAAUUUCCAAAUUUAGAGAUUUUAGACCUUGAAGGCAACAACAUUCGGACGCUGAAACGCAGAACCUUUCAAUUUCUGAAGAAGCUACAAGUUCUGAUUCUUUCCCAGAACCGCCUGAAAGAGAUAGAGAAGAAUGCAUUUUCUGGCCUCACUUUCCUCCAAGAACUUGACCUGGCAUACAAUAUCUUGUCAAGUUUUCAUGUAGGCCUUUUCUUGGGCCUUGAAAAUCUAGAAGUUUUGAAUCUCAGUUUUAAUAAAAUUACCUACGAAACCACUAGGACCCUGCCAUCUCCUCCAUUUAUAAACCUCAAGUCUUUGAAACAGCUCAACCUAGAAGGACAAAUACAUGGGAUUCAGGUUGUUCCAACCAAUUUCUUCCAAGGGCUGAAUGGCUUGCAGGUGCUUCUCCUAGGAAAAAAUCCCGUGAUCUUCCUGGACCAUCUCCAAUUUGACUCCCUGACCAAUCUCACCAAGUUGGAUAUCUCAGGAACAAAAGCUGGAGACCGAAGCCUCUGUUUUAACAUUUCCUUAUUCCAAAAACUCAAAAGACUGAAAAUGCUGCGCCUGGAAAACAACAACUUAGAGUCACUGACUCCUGGCAUGUUCUCUGGUUUAGAAAGCCUCCAGGUCUUCUCUUUAAGAUUCAACAACCUAAAAGUCAUUAAUCAAAGUCAUCUGGAGAAUCUAAAGUCUCUAGUGUACUUUGAUCUCUAUGGGAACAAACUUCAGUGCAACUGUGACAAUGUGUGGUUCAAGAACUGGUCAAUAAACACAGUAAAUGUCCAUAUCCCCUACCUCCGGAGCUACCCAUGUCAGCAACCAAAUACCCAGAGUUUGCUGAUAGAUUUUGAUGAUGCUCUGUGUAAUUUUGACCUGGGAAAAGUUUACUUCUUCUGUUCCUUUAGUCUGGUCCUCACAACCAUGGUCUUCUCUUGGUUCAGUAUAAAGAUGAUUGCAUCUCUAUGGUAUGGGCUCUAUGUAAUCCGAGCCUGGUACCUGGCCAAGUGGCACAGAACAGAGAAGGAGUUUAUCUACGAUGCCUUUGUCUCUUUCACAGCUAGUGAUGAGCCCUGGGUAUAUAAAGAGCUUGUUCCUGCCCUAGAAGAAGGUGGCCAGCCCACCUUUAAGCUCUGUCUUCACCACCGUGACUUUGAACCAGGUGUAGACAUCUUUGAGAACAUUCAGAAGGCCAUCAACACCAGCCGAAAAACUUUGUGUAUAGUCAGUAACCACUACCUGCACAGUGAAUGGUGCCGGCUUGAAGUACAGCUGGCCAGCAUCAAGAUGUUCUAUGAGCAUGAGGAUGUUAUCAUCUUGAUCUUCCUGGAAGACAUCCCAAACUAUAAGCUAUCCAGCUACCACCGGCUCAGGAAACUUGUGAACAGGCAGACAUUUAUCACCUGGCCAGACAGUGCCCAUGAAGAGCCACUCUUCUGGGCUCGUAUUAGAAAUGCAUUGGGCAACAAAUCUGUGGAGAAACACAAUACACAGCUAAUUGUGGCCAAUUGACUGGAAGUCUUUGUGAUCUCAAAUUUGAUGUUGCCCAAAGUGUGUAUAGGCUAAGAGUGUGACUGAAUGUAACUGCUUUGCAGGGAAAAGGGCAUGGACUCCUCAUGACCAUGAGACCCAAGAUCAUUUGGCUAAUGUCCACCAGGCACCUGAAAAAAUGAAGGGUGCUGCUUGAGGAAGCUUCAGGAACAGUGUUCCUACUAUUAGGGGAUUAGAUAUCUUGAAAGCCUAUUUUACUAAGGAGAAGGCAUGGGAAACAAAUCCCCUGAAAGUCUGGGGACCAGGAGGUCUCUCAUAUGUGCUUGAGUUAUUUUAUACAAAUAAGUUAUUGCCAAGAUAGAUUGAACUGCACUAUAAGAAACUAUAACAACAGAUACACCACGUACAGGGCUCAAUA